GGGGUCCGCGCCGGAGCUCAGCACCUGCCACAGGUGGGGGACUGACUUCGGGCGGGACGGGAAACCAGGGUUGUCCCCCAGGGCCAGUCCACCGAGGCUGAAGUCUGUAAGCCUGGAAAGACCUUCAGCAAUAAUCUCCAAAUUCCAAAAUGACUACUCUGCCCCCACUGGCCGUGUCACGCUCAAAACUGACAUCCUUAGCCAGACAGAAGCUGCCAUGCUCCCCCAAAACAAUUCCAAGGUCUCAACUGAUCAAAGAAAAAGACGACAUAGAUCAUUAUCUGGAGGUGAAGUUCAAAGGAUUGUCGAAAGAGGAGGUUGCCGCCUACCGGAACGCCUACGAGAAGAACGUCUGCGUGGACAUGCUGCGCGACGGCUUCCACAAGUCCUUCGCCGAGCUCUUCGCGCUCAUGGAGAAGUGGGACGCCCUGAGGGAGGCCGCCAGGCGCAGGUCCAUCUUCUGGGUGCAGAGACCCCUGAAGGAGCAGCCCGACAAGCUGGACCACUUCUACUUCUACCUGACCAGGGCCGAGGUGGCGGAAAGGAAAGAAUACUUUGAAGAUGUCUAUAAUAACUUGUAUGCUCUGGCCUGUUACUUCAAUAAUUCUGAAGACAAGUGGGUAAGGAACCACUUCUACAAACGAUGUUUUCAGAUUGCUCAGCUGAUCAAAAUCGACGGUGGGAAGAAAGAAGCCGAGGCACAGGGGCACAUGGGGCUCCUCUACGAGGAAGACGGUUAUCUUCUGGAAGCUGCCGAGCAUUAUGAAGCAUUCCAUCAAUUGACGCAGGGGCGGAUAUGGAAGGACGAGACAGGCCGCUUUCUCAACUUGUUGGCCUGCGAGAGUCUCCUGAGGACUUACAGAUUACUCUCAGACAAAAUGCUGGAAAAUAAAGAUUACAAACAGGCCAUCAGAAUUCUAAUAAAAGCCUCUGAAAUAGCCAAAGAAGGAAAUGACAAAAAGAUGGAAGGGGAAGCUGCCUACUACCUGGGCUUAGCACACUUGGCUGCUGGAGAAUAUGAAACAGCAUUAACCGACCUCAACACUUACAGUAGACUCUCCGCGGACCUGGAUGAUGACCUCAGCCUGGGGAGAGCCUACGAAGCAAUAGCCAAGGUCCUGCAGAGCCAAGGAGAGAUGACAGAAGCAAUUAAAUACUUGAAAAAAGUUGUGAAAAUUGCACGGAACAACUUUCAAAGCCUAGAUAUUGUGAGAGCAAGCACAAUGCUUGGUGACAUCUACAACGAAAAAGGAUAUUACAACAAAGCUUCUGAAUACUUUCAGCAAGCUUUUGACACAACGGCAGAGCUAACAAACAUGCCUCUGAUGGAUGAAACCAAAGUUCAUUAUGGAAUAGCAAAAGCUCAUCAGAUGAUGCUGACAAUUAACAACUUCAUAGAAGCUGCCGACCUCACCAGCCUUGACUGCCUGCUGUCAUGGAAGGAGAGUAGAAGCGACAUUGCACCCGACCCGGUUAUCGGUAAGGUUUUUACAUCAUCAUUAAUGGCUAAGUCAUUUUCGUUGUAA